AUGUCACCGUCGAUCCUACGUUUGCCGUACCAGGCGCUUGCCUAUCUAAGCCCCAAACACCGCCAAGAUGCCCAAUGGACGUACCGACAAGCACUGGCCAAUGCUGUGCUCAAAUCAGGCCUGGAAAUCUACACUGGCUUGCGCAUUAAUCCCUCACUAUCCCUAAAGCCAGGGCACGAAAAAAGGCGCUUUGUGCUUAUUGAACCGGGCAACCCGUUGCUCUACGCCGGGGCCGCCCAUGAUGACAAGAUCAAACCUGAGACGAUAGGAGCUACUUGGUACCCUGAUACUUACCAUGUACGCGAUUACGAUCGAGCCGACUGCGAAUACGUCAUGCUGUACCUGCAUGGUGGAUCAUAUGUACUGGGAAACGGCCGGACACUGACAUGCCGCUAUCUCACCACAACCCUUCUCCAGAAUACACCGUGUUGCUAUAUACUAUCCGUCCAGUACCGCCUUGCCUGCAACAAGAACGGACGAUUCCCGGCGCAGUUGCAAGAUGCUAUCACUGCAUACUCAUAUUUAGUACACACGCUUCGUAUUCCGGCCUCGCGGAUUGUGCUUAGCGGCGACAGUUCGGGGGCCCAUCUAGCUUUGGCACUGCUUCGGCAUAUUGCCUACUUGAAAGAGUUCCAUGGCAGGAAAGAAGAUGAUCACGUUAGUAUAAACAAAGCUCUUCUUCCUCCUCCCAAGUGUACCUGGGCCUUUUCACCUUGGUGCGAUGUCCCGGCUGCUAGAGACCCUAAUUGCUGGACGAGCAGCCCCCGUUUCAAAUCGGAAUAUAUUCCUGGCUCAUUUCCAGCCUGGGGCGCACAGAAGUUUUUGGAUGAUUUGGAGAUCACCGAGUUUAUCGAACAAUACGUCGCACCGAUAAAGCAUCCUUUCUUGCUGCCUUCCCCGGUGUUGGUUGUCACGGGUGGCAGAGAGGUAUUAUGCGAGGAGCACAAGGAGCUGGUACAGUCUUAUAGGAGUCUUCCUAGAAAUGAGUCACGCAUCGAAGUGUUUGUGGAAGAAAAUGUGCCCCACGACGUUUUGAUGAUUGCGUGGAUUAUGAAUUUCCAUGGUGAAGCACGCACCUGUGCUUGCCAGGCGGGCAAGUUCCUAUUAAGACGAGAAACCCGAGAAACUAAUGAGUGA